AUGACGACGACGGGUCUGUGGGUCCAAUCCGUAGUGGCUCAAGCACAACUGUUGAUAGUGGUGUCUAUUCUGUUCGGGGUGAUCCCCCCCAGCAUCGUCUCUCUGAUUUUGGUGGAUGAGUAUGCGUGUGAAAGGACGAAUGGAACGACUGAUCACGUACUCGAGUUGGACAGAAUCCUGUUUCUUCAUUUCUUGGAGGAAGAUGACGUUAACAGCGUGGAGCUUGUCUUGGAAUACCCAACCUUGAUUUCUACCAUGGAAGAGAUCAUCCAAGCAACGUACAACAACCAGAGUUUCCACUCGUGCGACUUGCCACAUUUUCGAACCAUGCGUUCCGUGUCCUUCCUACGGCAGUCGUCACCCAGAGUAAUGGCCUUUCAAGUGGAGGCACAAUGCCAAAACUGUACCGAAAGGUUCCCGCUUUUUGCCGACAUGACGAUGGGCACCACUCCGACACAUAUCCUUACGGGCCUGCAGCCCUUGGCCACAGCAAGAUCUGACCCACGCCAGCUGGAUGAUGGGUCUUCUUCUUCUUGUGUCUGCCCCCAACAUGCACAGCCCAGCCCCAGUUUGCUGUCACCACAAGGAUUUCUACCAAUCCUGAAUCAAAACCUCCAAACAAGCACUGGCUUGCUCCUCCUUCAUGUCUCCUCGCUGGGAGAGCUACAACCAGUUGAUUGCGGGGACGCUGAUAGUGUCGAAUACUUUACUUCCAUGGCCUACAGUACGAUGGAAGUGAGGACAAAGGAGAUACCCUUGGAUUCCGAACUACAGAGGCUGGAAGACGCGUUUCUAACCACCUAUAACCAACUGUCCUUUCAGGCGUGUGACCCACACGUAAAGACCAUCACCAACGUUUCUCUCUCUAUUCAACUGGAAGGAGACGUAAUGGAGACCACAGCCAGCAAUGCUACGGCGCGAAAUACAACCAUGGCUACAGCUGUCUUCUCCAUUGAGGGACAUUGUCAAAACAAAUGCACUGUUUCCCAGAGUGGGAGUUUGCCCCUCUUUUCUGAUGAGACACAACUCCUAUCCACAAGACGUCUGUCGCAAGACAAUCUGCCUCCCCGGCAACCAAUGGUGGAGCUGGAUGUACAUCACACGAAGCUUCAGGAUGGAUGCUUUUGUCCUACCAGCCUCAACCCAACCGAUACUGUCACAGAAGGAGACUUUCUAGAAAGCUUCCAGCAGGAAAUCACCUUACUACAAGAAGAGGGAGAAAUCAAAGCGGUUGAGAGUGUCCUUGACUUGCAAGAGGCACUCCCAGUGGCCUCUCACCCUCGUCUAAACUCGCGCUUCUCCUUUGGUCUCUCCAGGUUGACAUUUGUUACGUGUGAUGGUUAUUUCAGAGCUGUUACAAGUGUAGAACUACAGGUUGCUUCGGUUGAGGAUGACAGUGAUGGUGGAAUGAGUUUGAAGGAUACCCUGAUGGAGCAACAUCUUGGCCAACGCAGACUCAGCAACAUCACUAAUAAAGCAUCCAAUGCCACUGAUCGCUACGGGAAUGCCACCCUGGCUGUUGGCAAUAUAACAGUGUUUCCUGCUGAUAGCCGCAAUCGCGACAUUGUCCCAGUGGUGUUUGCAGUGACUGGAACCUGCCGCACAGGAGGAGGGUCUUGGGUCACAGAGAACCAGCCAGUACAGACUACUACCGAAUCCUAA